AUGACACAGAAGGACACCCUUACUGAUAUUAAGGAAAAUAUUAACGCAAGCUCGAGUGACAGACUGAUAACACUAAGUGAAUAGAAAUCAGUGAUUCAACCUGUAGUCCCUAAACCUACAAAAUACGCUUACUUCGUCCUGGGGAUACUUCUACUCAUUUAUAUUUCUAAUUAGUGGCAGAGAUCUGGAUACAACUUGAAGCCAGAAGCUGAUGAUCCCUACUACAAUAUCAACUUCAUUCCUUCGUUCACUGAUAACUAUGGGUAUCUAGCUGGUGCCUCAUUUACCAUACCAAUUUCAAUCGUUGGUAUUUUCAUGGGUGCUUUAUCAGAUAUUGUCAACAGAAAAGUUAUGCUUGCCUUUGCUUGCAUCCUAUGGAGUUUAAUGACUUUCUUACAAGGUUUUUGUGAGGCAUUCUGGCAAUUAUGUGUUUGCAGAAUAUUCCUAGGUAUAUUCUAAGCUGCAUGCAACCCACCUGCUUACUCAAUAAUGGCUGAUUACUUUCAUCCACAAUACAGAACAACAGCGAAUUCAAUUUAUUCCCUAGGUAUUUACUUGGGUGGUGCUCUAUCCUCCUUAUCAAUUGUCAUGAUUACUGGAGUCGGCUGGAGAUGGAUGUUUAGAAUUAUUGGUAUCAUUGGUAUCGGAGCAGGUGUUUUAGGGCUAUUUUUAGUAAGAGAACCUCUGAGAGGAGCUUUUGAUACUUCUAAAAAGAGCACACUCGUUCCAGAGAAAAAGGUCAAGCCAAGUCCUCUCAUUUUAUUCUUGAGAGCAUCAAAAGAGAUAUUUGUUAACCCAACAUGCAGAUGGGUAUGUAUUGCUGGAUCGUUUAGAUUCUUUGGAGGAUAUGCAAUUGGCUACUAUAUGCCAUCAUAUUUCGGGAAGGUCUAUCCAGAUGAGUCUACUCUAUAUAGUGUUCUUAACUCAUUUGUGGUUAGUGUUGGAGGAUUUAUCUCAGCUAUGUCAGGAGGUAUUAUUGCUGAUAGAUACGAAGCUAGAUUCCCAAUGAUCAAGGCAUGGGUUUGCAUUGCUGGAAGUAUACUUGGAUGUCCAACUAUUGCAGUAUGCACAUUGUAUCAAAAGAACUUUGGAGUUUCAAUGUUCUUCUUGUUCCUAGAGUAUCUUUUCGCUGAGUGCUGGACUUCAUCAGCCAUCACAAUGCUAAUCAACACUAUCUCCCCAGAGAACAAAGGAUUCGGUAAUAUAUUUCUUCACUAAACUUUUGAUUUAGCUGUCUCAGCCUAUUUGUUCUUCACCACUUUAGCUGGUACUUUGAGUACAUUUUUACUAGGUCAAUUCGAGUCAAUUUACGAACUAAAGACUCACCCAGAGAGAUAUGGAUACAUCCUUUGUGCAUUUGUGUUUUUCAGUUAUUUAGGAGCUGUUCCCUGGUUUAUAAUGUCUGGGUUUAGUUACAGAACUCACUUAAAAAAGAAAGAAGAGGAGGCUCUCAAUUAAUAAUGA